CAUAAAAUUUUGAAAAUAGCAUCUGCACUGUCUGUCAUUUACACAACUAUCAAAAAAUAUUUCUGAAAAGUCGAACUGACAUGAAUCGAAUCGUAAUUCUCGCAUUUGCAUCAAUCCUAGUGAUUGGCCAGCUUGAUUUGGCCGAAGGUGCAAAAAAGUGUUACGGAUGCGGAAAACUUGGAGGAAAUUGCGACAAAAAGUUUCAAAUCGAAGUACCUUGCAUUAAAGGCGAUGCCAAAUGCUUCACUGCCAAAGAUACAAAAGGCGGCACUACCUUGAAGGGAUGUCUCGAGGUUGAGUCCCUCUGCCAAAAUUCGGAGAGCAAAAAAUGCUGGACCUGUAGUUCGGAUUUGUGCAAUGGGGGCCUAGGAGUGGGGUUUAAUGCUUUUGUUUUGGCGGCUCCCGGGCUUUUGGCCCUGUUUCGUUUAUUUUUUUAAGAUGUGUUUUGCGCUUUGUCAAAUGUAAUUUUUGUCUGAGUUGAAUAAAGGUUUAAUAUUGUUAAAAAA